AUGGCCAAGGCCCAGGAGGCCACCCAGGGUGCCGCCGAUCCGUCGUCGGCCGCCCAGCACGGCGACUCAGCUCCGACGUACGACGCUGCGGACCGCGGCGGAGCCGCUCCCAGCGUGUCCUCGCCCUUCAACUUCCCCUCGGAAUCAGACCUGCCAUCUUACACGGCCACCUCCCCGGGUGGCGGUGUAUCCAGCCAGCGGCCCGUGGCCAUCCCGCAGGUCAGGCCGGCCCCCGACUCACCCUCUGUCCCUGCCUUUCCCCCGUCUAUCCUGGGCCACGGGAUCCCAGAGGGCACGUUGCUCUCCUUCCUGGAGACGGUGUCGGCCUUCCUCGCGGCCAAGGUGGGAGACCGCGCCAUCAGUCACGCCGGCGAUAUGGCCCGUCGGUUCAUCGAGCACCCCAAGAACGUCGGCAAGCAUGUCGUCUCCCACGCCAAGAACUGGGGCAAGAACAUCGGCCCCGACGCCAAGAAGGGCAACGUCGUGGGCAUCAUUGGCGGCGUCGUCAGCAUCCCUAUCGUGUCGGUCCCAGGCGUCGUCCGCGCCGUCGUCGGUCUGCCCGGCUCCGCCGUGAAUGCUAUUGUCGAGAAGCCCCAGACACCGGCCCAGAGGGCCGCCGCUUACGCCGCCGUCGCCAACAGGGAGUGGCUGCAUUCUCGCGGUCUGCGCGCCCAGCUGUUCGACUCGAAUGAGCUGGCACAGUGGCUGGACAUCACGGUGUCGGACCUGAUGAGUUCGGCGCGCGCAUACGGGGACCGCUCAUCUGCUGCGAGGCAACUGACAGGUCUUGCGGAGCGCAUUGCGCCCUUGGAGGUCCAGUCUGGGGAUGCUACUCUUGAGCUGGCGUCGGAGGCUAUAUGGCUGGUCCUUUUGCCGUUCGCCGGUGAAGGCGAGGAAUGA